UAAAGUUUACCAUUUAAAUUCUCAUUUAUAUUAAAAAUUAGACAUGUUGAAUGUGUUUUUGACAACGAUCGCUCUGUGUAUCGUACAGAUCUCGAACGUCGUUGUGGCAGGUCCACCUCCAGCCCAGGCGACCGCCCCACUGCUUGUUGCAGAGCUCGAGAUUAACGGUUGGAACCUGGUGUUCAGGGCUACUUCCGGUAACGGGCAAAACGUGUAUAUCGCAUGGAUGACAGGGCAGAAUGCCUCCACGACCAAACCGAUUGACAUGUCGCGAACCUACUCCAGCCACUUCCGCCAGGAAAAUCUGAACUCUACAUGGGCAAACCUCAACGUCACGUACGUAAAGUUUGCUCUGUAUCGUGACAACCGCGAGGUUGGAUACGUCAUCUUUGACGCGCUAGGAAGCGACUUUAGCAACUGGUUUGCUAAAGGUAAGGUCGUGGACGCAAGCUGGUCUGACCUAACAAAAACAGCCACGUAUAAUGGCUUCUCCAUUUACGGCGAUGUCCGCGCGACGCUUGAACGUCGCUUUCUCAUCAACAACGUGUAUGGCGAAUGUCCCGGGGAUAUCGGACAUGUUGCGGUCAUCGAAAGGGAAGGGCCUUGUAACAUGGACAAACAUCCCAGGUACCCGCAGUUCAUCUAUGCUGAUCUGAAUUCAGCAGACCUAUGGCAGAAACAGCAGUUCGGGCGGGCCGAUUACAUGGCGAUAUUUGUGAGCCAUUAGAACCGAUUGGCAUAUGUAUAUUUGCAUAUGUCAGUUCGUUUAUACCGUUGUUUAAGUAAUUGUGACAUUUUUGCAGUUCUUUGCAAAUAAACACAAAAAUUUAAUUAUAUAAACGUUUUAACUGAAUUAAUUUGAAGUUUUCCUACUUUCAUUGGUUGAUUUUGAAACAUGAAACCGUUUUUAUGAAGAUAAAAAAGUCGCUUAAAUAAAAUGUUUUAAUUUACUGAAUAUAUGCAUCAUUUUUUGUUGAUAAAUAGUAUUAAAAAGUGUGUGUGUGAGGAAGAAUCCGGAUCAUAAACAUUUAAUUAGAAAACUGUUAUAUAAGCAUGAUACUUUAUCCGGAUAUCAGUAUUUCAUAUACAGUCGAAACCCGAUGGCUCGAACUCGCGGGGACCGAAAAUAAAAAGUUCGAGCCAUCCGGAUUUCGAGCCAACCGAUUUGUUAUAUACUUUUGUUUACUUACAUGAUUUUGCAAUAGAUGUGCAUCUCCACUUGAAGAGUAUCCAUACUGCCUAUACUCCGUAUAACUUUCUGCUUUGAAUGU